AUGUCCGCUAAAAUCAUCAAAAAAAUCGAAGCUAAAGAAGGACCAAAACGCCGCACUUCAAAAUCAUUGAAAGCAGGCCUCUUCUUCCCUAUUUCACGAAUUUCCAACCGUCUCAAGCAAAGUGAUCCUGCAAACCAUGUCAGCUUCAAAUCUCCAGUCUUUCUUGCAGCUGUAUUAGAAUAUCCAUUUUCUACUCAAUAUCCUAAUUUAUCUACAAAUAAAAAAAUUCAAAUUUCUAAUCCUAGCAAGUAUAUUUAACAGCUGAAGUCUUAGAAAUCGCUGGAGAUGCAGCUCGAGCCCUCAACAAAAAACAGAUCACUCCAACCCACAUCCAAAUCGCCAUGCGAAAUGACGAAGAACUCGACAAGCUCCUCGACAAAGGCACUAUUUCGAGCGCAGGCAACUUCUCGAUUCUCCCAACAAAACCGGUAAAAAAAGAAGAAAACGACUCUAAUUUAUAA